GCGAGCAGAUUGUAUCAAACAUUCGACAGUUCGAAAGAUGGCGGCGCACACGCAGAAAACUAACAAGUCUGGGAAGACUGGGGGAAAGGAGGCUCAGCCUCUCGUAAUCGCUAAAACUCCAGCGGAGGAACAGCGUCUGAAGUUGGAGAGGUUGAUGCGGAACCCAGAUAAAAUGGCUCCCAUCCCAGACCGGCCAAAAGAAUGGAAUCCACGGGCUCCGCCGGAGUUUGUCCGAGAUGUGAUGGGCUCUAGCGCAGGUGCUGGCAGCGGGGAGUUCCAUGUUUACCGGCACCUCCGACGCAGAGAGUACCAGAGGCAGGACUUUCUGGACAAAAUAGCAGAGAAGCAAGACGAGGACCUGAAAUAUCUGGAUAAGGUGGCGCAAAACAAAGAGGCAGCUGACGAGAGAACUGCAAAGCGCAGGAAGAAGCGGGAAAAACUGAAGCAGAAAAAGCUGAUGGCAAAGAAAGCAAAGCUAGAGGCCAAAGACAAAAAAGAAGACGUCUCCGACAAGAGUUCAGACAGCAGUGAAAAAGAAGAGGAAGAGGAAGAAAGAGAAGAUGAUGCCGAGACUCCUAGCUUCAUUAUGGGCAAGAAAUGACCCACACCGUCUCUUGCUGGGUUAUGGACAGAGACAUCCAGGACUGGGUACUGGUUCAUGAGACCUUGGGGGACAUGGACACAGAGGUUGUUUAGAGUCUCUUAACAACCCCCGAAAGAAGCAAAAGACAUUUGCGAAACUGUCCCCUUUUUAUUUCCGAAUACUAGAAAAAUGUGGAUGGACUGCCUGGGUUCAUAGGCAUGGUGUAAGCAAACUACGCUCGUCAUGGCCUCCCCCCGCUGGAAAAGAGACACGCGGACGCUUCUGAUUUUUCAUUAAGCUGCCCAUAAUGUCUGUGACGCAUUUGUAGCUCUCAUGUUUCAGCUUCAGAAUCCAGUACAUUCUGAUUCGAUAUUUUAAACGUUUUAAUAAAAAUAAGAAUAUACAUGGAGUUACAUAGUGUACAUGCAGUUUGUUCACAUUAAGAAUCUUAACUUCUUUGUUGUAUGUGAUGAGGUUUGUGUUACACCUGUGGUAAUAUUGCAUUAAUGCAAGCAAAUGUAUGUGUGCAUCACAAAUCAGUCUGUGCAGCCUUGUGAAGCUGCUCCUUGCAAGGACUAUUGCUUGUGGGCACAACAAGGUUGCAGAAAGCAGAUCAAGGAAUGAAAAGGCGUGACUUCCAGAGGCUCUGGAGUUUCACGUGCGAUGUUCCUUGGACAGGCUCCUGCUUUCCACGGUGGUGAUGGUCUUGCUCUGUAGAAAUCACCUUUCUUGAGGCAGGUAGAGAAAAACCUGACAGCCAGAUAUUGUUUGAAUCAGGGAAAGCUCUUCCUGUCAGACACUGUCGGCUGUUACAAUCACCUCUGAUUUUAUUAUAAUAUGCAAUGCACACAAUGCUUCAACAGCUUUGAUCAGUUUCUGUCAUAAAUGAACAUUUUCAAAACAAUAUGUAUUUUUAUUGUAAUAAUAUAGCCACAUAAUGAGAUCUCUGGUCUGGUUUAGUCUUUUAUGUUCUGAUAUCCCACAUUGACUCUUCAAUGUGCAUCUUCAUCGAUCUGUUGUGUUUCAGUGAAUUCAACUGCUCUUAUUUAUAAAUGACAUAUAAAGCAAA